UGGUCUUCCUGCGUACCUUACAAACAAUCCCGUAUUUCACAAGAAAACAUUAUGCCAUCCAGCAACAUCCAGUUGUAUUGAGUGUAGCUAGAAAUCAUUCAAAUCAAAACUGUUUUUUUCUAUGAUUCCGAUUACCCAGAGAGAGACCAGAAAAAGAGGCAAGUACGGCAGACCAUGCGAUCGCUGUGCCGCGAGGCGAAUCCGAUGUCUCGUUUUGGAAGACUCUCCGUUUUGCAUCGGAUGCCUAAAUCUGGAAGAAAAAUGCACAAGAGACCGAGUAAGAAAAAAGUCGGGGCCCAAAAACGGCCGUCGCACCCGUUCUUUCAAAGACCUGUCGGUGGAAUCCAAUGACUCUGAGUUUUUGGAUACGAAUCCAAACAACCACCAAACCAGUCAAUAUCUGAAUGAAUGCCAACCAGGAGAAGGCGCACUUAAAUUUUCAAACAGUGAUUCCCUUCUGAACAUGAACGCCUAUGGAAUGCCCUCUCUUCCUGUAAGUCCGAGGAUUAUCUCGGAUAUCCGCCAUGUGUUUGGCCCAAAUGCAAGAGCCCCGCACAGCCAUCUGUUAAAAACACCCAACGGGAUCGAUAUUCAAAAACAAGAAUACGUGAACCCAAACUCCAAUAUCAUGGCGGGAUGGAGCAUUGUUCAUCCGCAAUAUCUGAUGUACCCACAGUACAGCAUACAGCCCUCAUGGUCUAUGAACUAUACAGCACCUAUCCAGGACACAGGGCACAUCCCGUUCCCAUCAUAUGAGGAGCAUCCAAUGAAUGUUCCCAUUUUUGCGGAACAGAAUAUCAUGCACAACCACAACUGCAACACCGAAGCAGGUCUUUUAGACACAGAAGACCAUGGUGAUACUACAUCAGCUAGCCCGUCGCCUUACAUGGGCAAAAUCUCUACUGAUCAUUUGAUUCUGCGGAUUUAUUUAUAUCAAAAAUGGUCCUAUGAGUACUGGCCCUUACUAUCGCUGGGUGAAUUGGUUCAAAAGCUAUUAAAUGGGUCCCGACUGAAUACUACAAGUGGUUAUAUCAUACUCAAUAACGAAAAUGCCAUGUUUUACGCGCUUUGCUGUUCUGUUAGUGCAGCUGUCACCACACAACUUUCAUUUGUUUCGCCCGAAAAUGCGGUUUUAGACCAGAGCUUUAUAUCCAGCAAUGACUUUGCAGAUGAAGCAAAACGUGUCCGGAAUCUAUUUGAUUACACUGAAGAAAUCGGAAUCGAGGAUUUGUUGUCGUCCUUCUUUCUCUUUGCACACUAUAUCAACGUGAAGGGCAGGUUGAGUCAAGGAAAAUUGUAUUUGCGCGAGGCCAUCUCGAUAGCCCAGGUUUUGGAGCUUCAUGACAAGAAUCAUUACGUUGGUAUGAGUCGUGCUGAUAUUCAUCUCCGACGCAAAAUUUACUACAUACUUCUCGUUACAGAAAGGUCUGUCUGCUUUGAAGAAGGCCUUCCUGUGAUCCUUGAUCCGACUAUCGAGUUCCCUGAAUUGUUUGAUGAUGAAUAUCCUGACCUAUUAGUUGGCUUCACAGAACUUCUAAAGGUCUUUUCUGCGCCGAGAAAGGAGUUUUUCUUUGAAAUGAAUCAGAAUAAACAGCGUGAAGAGGGAUCUCUAUGGGAGAAACGCCAGUGGAUACUUGAGGUACAAGAGAGACUUGACUUAUCACGUCAGCUUCCAAGAAAUGUGACCAAUCCUCAAAAGCUAAACAUAAUUUUAUCAAGAGCAUGGAUACGUGCCAUAGCAUGUCAUAUCACAUGGAAAUGCGGCAUGAUUCGACCCCUGGAAACCUCGCACGACUGCUUUGGUUUCGAUUUUCCACUAGUGAAUGCACAGGAAUUUUUAGCGGAGUCUGCACAUUUGCCAAAAAUGGCCUUUGAAACCAAUGGGAGAGGUAGCUGUGUUAAAUUACUAGAGAUGGCAAACUCUUUAUCAUUUACUGUACAGCAAAGCCUGGACCAGUUAGUUGGAUUGACGGUGCUUGAAUCUCUUUUUGGUCUCGUGAACAAAUUCAAAAACGACGUAUCUUUGCCAAUCAAGGUCUAUCAAGGAAUAGCCAUUUUGAUCGCGAGCCAAAAGCUCAGAGUUGUACCUAGACUACUAGAAAACCAAGAGCCUGGAUAUGCACCGCGUAAUUCACAGGGGGGAACAAUUGAAGAGCUUUUUGAAGAUGAUGUGCAUGCGAUGGAGGACGUGAAGGAAGGCGAUUUGCCAAAUAACGGACUUUCGCCGUUUUCUCGACAAGUGUAUGACAAGGGAAUGUCAAUGUUGACAUCUGUCCCGAGCUUCUUGGAUAUGCAAUACCCUCAGAUAGAAAGGACGAUGCUUAGCCAAGGCUUAUCACUUUCAGAUUAGAGAAUUGGAAAUAUGUGUAUAUGUAUGAAAAGUUCCAGACUGGCGAGUGCAUUUAGAAUACAUCCAAAGACAAAUAGUACUUAUUAGCGAUAUAUGAAUCUACCUGGUUUGAGGAUAAUCUCUGGGAAC